CGGACAUGGAGGGCCUCGGAAAACACCGGAGUUAGUGGGGAGAUCAGCUGCAGCCCGCUGGACAGAGGCUUUUCGUCACCUCCAUCAGAGUGAUGACUUGUCUUUAGAUCUUCUCCAGCUCCAGGUCUCCCUUAAGGAGGAAACUCUUCUUACAGAGAGAGACUCAUCUGCAGGUGAUUCUCCAAGGACAUGGAAAGAUAGGUGUAAGCCCUGGAACCCAGACCCUUAAGUGGAGGGAAGCUGCUUCCUGCUGUGAACGAUGGCCAAACCCACUCUGAGAGACAAUAGCACUAACUCUGAGACCUUCCGACAGCACUUCAGGAGAUUUCAUUACCAGGAGGCAGCUGGGCCCCGGGAGGCUUUCAGCCAACUUUGGGAACUUUGCUGUCAGUGGCUAAGGCCAGAGGUGCGCACCAAGGAGCAGAUUGUAGAAUUGUUGGUGCUAGAGCAGUUCCUGACCGUCUUACCUGGGGAGAUCCAGAAUUGGGUACAGGAGCAAUGUCCAGAAAGUGGAGAGGAGGCAGUGGCUCUGGUGGAAGAUUUAGAAAGAGAGCCUGGAAGACCUGGACGUUCGGUCACAGUCUCUGUGAAGGGGCAGGAAGUGCGCUUGGAGAAGAUGACACCCCUGAAAUCAUCACGAGAGUUAUUAAGUGUUCGGCAGGAGUCAGUGGAACCCCCGCCCAGGGGUGUACCCAAGAAAGAGAGGGCAAGAAGCCCAGACCUGGGACCACAGGAGCAGAUGAACCCAAAGGAGAAGCUCAGACCUUUUCAAAGGAGCGGAUUUCCAUUUCCUAAAUCCGGUGUGGUCUCCAGGUUGGAGCAAGGAGAGCCAUGGACCGCAGAUUUGGGCUCCAAGGAGAAGGAACUCCUAAGAGGCAGUCACACAGGAGACGGGCAAAUGCAUGCUGAUCUGUUACCAUCCAGGAGAGAGAGAAGCUGGCUGGAACAGGAUCACUGGGGCUUUGAGGAUGAGAAAGUGGCAGGUAUGCACUGGGGCUAUGAAGAGACCCGAACUCUCCUUGCAAUUCUCAGUCAGACUGAGUUUUAUGAGGCUCUUCGAAACUGUCAUCGAAACAGCCAAAUAUAUGGUGCUGUGGCUGAGAGGCUCCAGGAGUAUGGCUUCCUCCGGACCCUGGAACAGUGUCGCACCAAGUUCAAAGGUCUCCAGAAAAGUUAUAGGAAAGUAAAAAAUGGCCACCCACCUGAGACCUGUCCCUUCUUUGAAGAGAUGGAAGCCUUGAUGAGUGCCCAGGUCAUUGCCCUGCCCCAUAAUGGCUUGGAAGAGGCAGCCUCUCACUCUGGCCUGGUGGGCAGUGAUGCUGAGACUGAGAAGCCAGAGCAAGGGGGCUGGCAGCACCAAGAGGAAGCAGAAGAGGUCAUGGCUGAGGAGUCUGACAGUGAUGAAGUGGGCCAGGAGGCCACCCCCCAGGACCCCAACAACUCGACUGCUCCUGUCCUUUUCCGAAGCCCAAGUGGUGUACACUGGGGUUAUGAAGAGACAAAGACUUACCUUGCAAUUCUCAAUGAGACUCAGUUUUAUGAAGCUCUCCGAAACUGUCACCGCAAUAGCCAGUUGUAUGGAGCAGUGGCUGAGCGGUUAUGGGAAUGCGGCUUCCUUAGGACGCCAGAGCAGUGUCGGACAAAGUUUAAAAGCCUACAUACCAGCUACCGGAAAGUCAAGAAUGGUCACGCACCAGAGACCUGUCCCUUUUUUGAAGAAAUGGAUGCUUUGGUGAGUGCCCGGGUUGCUGCCCCGCCCAGUGAUGGGCAGGAAGAGGAGACAGCCUCUUGCCCUGUCCAGGAUCCCAGGGAGGCUGAAGCCAAGAAGCAAGCUGAGGAGGUAGAAGAGGUCACAGAAGAUGAUUCUGAGGAGGAUGAAGAUACUGAGGUACCCCUGGGGGCUGUCAUGACCCGUGCUCCAGUCUUAUUCCAGAGCCUCAGUGGUUUUGAGGCUGGAUUUGAGAAUGAAGACAAUCUAAAACGGGAUAUAUCUGAGGAGGUACAACUACAUAGGACAUUACUUUCAAGGUCUGAAAGGAAAAUUCCCCGGCAUCUUGAUCAGGGUAAAGGCAGUGAGAGUCAAUGUAGAUUAGGAAGACACUGGGAAAAGACCUCAGGGGAGAGAAAAGGAAAACCAACAGUUCCAGAGAGGAGUUUAGGUAAAGUCCUAAGUCCCCAGAGACCUUACCUGGGGGAGAGACUCUAUAAAUAUCUCAGAUAUGGCAAAAGCUUUGGUCCAAACUCCCACCUCAUGCACCAGAUAUCUCAUCAAGUGGAAAAUCCAUAUAACUGCACUGACUGUGGGAAAAGCUUCAGUCGGAGUGCACGCCUCAUUAGACACCGGAGAAUUCACACUGGAGAGAAACCUUAUAAGUGUCUUGACUGUGGGAAAAGUUUCCGUGACAGUUCAAAUUUCAUCACCCAUAGGAGAAUCCACACAGGAGAGAAACCGUAUCAAUGUAGUGAGUGUGGGAAACGCUUCAAUCAGAGCUCAAGCCUUAUAAUUCAUCAGAGAACCCACACAGGAGAAAAGCCCUAUCAAUGUGAAGAGUGUGGAAAAAGCUUCAAUAACAGUUCUCAUUUUAGUGCACAUCGGAGGAUACACACAGGAGAGAGACCCCAUGUGUGUCCUGACUGUGGAAAGAGUUUCAGUAAGAGUUCUGACUUACGUGCCCAUCACAGAACCCACACAGGAGAAAAGCCCUAUGGGUGUCAUGACUGUGGCAAAUGCUUUAGUAAAAGCUCUGCUCUUAAUAAGCACCGAGAAAUCCAUACACGAGAAAAACUUAUGUCACAGUCAGCACCUAAGUAAGCCCCUGAAAUUCUAUAAAGAGCCUCAAUAAAUGUAUUGAAAUUGUUUGAAAAAGCUUCCAAUAAUGAGAUCCAUCUCCUGUUCUGGCCCAGCUAGCUUAGGAAAUACUUUAGGAUUUACCCAAUUGUCUGUUCCUUUGUUUCUUCUCUUGGAUCCACAAACUCCCCAGAUGUCUUAAGAAUGAAAGGAAGCCUUUCAGUCUCUUUCCUUGCCUGCACCUGAAUGACAACACCUUUCCCUCACAGUACCUGUGUUGUUCCCUUAAUAGAGAGGAGAUAGUAGUAGGUCCUAUAAAUUUGAUAUGUAUACCUUAUUUACUCAUACUGUUAUUCGGCUGCAUUUCAACUGGAAAAACCCAUCCUAGCAUUUCAAGGAGAAGUUGAGAGCAUUUUCUCACUGAGUGGGUGUAGCUCUUUAUACAAGAAAUGCAAAAACAAACAAUUCUGCUCACUUAAGCCUGUGCUCAGAAUGCCAUGUGUUGCAUAUUCUUCAUUUACCUUAAAGGAGGGUUUAAUGUCCAUCUUGGUUAUGACCUAUAAAUCAUCUUGUCAAGAACCUAGGUGUUCUAUAUGGGGAAACAAUGUAAACUUUGUAUGAAUAUUGAUGUGUGAACCCUCCAUUUGUUUCUUCCAAGCCCCAGAAGAUUUGGAAUAGAGAAAUACUACCCUUAUGGCAUCUAGUUUGAUUUUUUUUGUUUCAUCUCACCUGGUCCCUUGUGGUCCAGAAGCCCAAAAAGUAAGCCAGCUGAACGUGGUGAUAGGGAUAGCAGUUAGAGUGGCCAAAAGGAAGUUGUCCAUAUGCACACACUCCAAACACCUAGUUUAGUGUUAAGCACCCCAUGGGCACUCUUACACUCUCGCUAGCUUAAAAUGAGCAGCCACAUUCCCAUGGACUGGGAAAACAGACCACUUUGUGUCAACAACUUUUUACCCUAAUAACAAGGAAAACAUUAUUUUUACUCAGAAGAGCUGCCAAUACACACAUGCACAUGCACAUAUUAACUACAUACAUGUGUUUUUAAAAGCACCUCUUCAGACACCAUAAUUCUGAUCAUUAUAAUCAAAUAGUAUUGAAUUAAUUGCCUGUAUGUUCAUAGUAGUAUGAUGAACCCUGUAUAGCACAAGUUCAGCAGACCCUGGCCCUUGUCCUUACAGUCUAAAACAGAUUACACUGACAUGGACAAAUAAUAAAGUGCACACAACAGUUCUAGAGAAAUCUAGAAAGCUAGAUUGUAAUACUAUGCACAAAUGUUAAGGUUUAAAGCAUUAGAGUUUGCUAUAAGAAAACUCUAGGAGGUAUUUUCUUCUCUUUAUUCAAGGUGGCUUCUUGAAGCAGUUAGUGUUCAAAAGAGGGAAAUUAAGGGGUAAAUUAGGGUGGGAUGACCUGUCUAAAAUGAAUCGCAAAACUGAGUGCUGAGGGGAUGAGAAAUGGGGAAACGGGAGCAAAGUGUUCUGUGCAGAUGGAGCAAUGGGCAAAUGACAGACUCUAAGAAAGGUUAGACCAGUUUGGAGCAGCACAAAAUUUGAGGAAUAGUAUGAUAAGGGUUGUGCAGGAGGCAGAAAAAAUCACCUUAGCUGAAUGCCAGAGGGAGGUCAGGAGGUGAUGCUCCCAGUAUCUGUAGUCAAUCAGGUACUGUGCUAUACUUAUUAGUAAGGAAAUAGCUGGCUGGCACUGGGUAAGAAAAAGGAGAGUUUUAGGAGACUAGCUCCUAAGGGAGACAGGGUCAGAAACUAGUAUCUUGAGAAGAUACUUCCAUGGGCAUGUCAGAGAAAAGAGGAACACGAGUGGAUGGCCAAAGCCUAGAAUAAAUAGCUGUUGUAUAGUUGCAUUUAGAGUCCUGUGGCUGGAAUGAGAUCUGGGAGAGGAGUGGACAGAUAGAAUAUUCUAUAAUUCAUAGUACUGUGUUAGAGGAGAGAUUAAUUAGGGUUCUGGCGUUGAGGACCAGAAUGAAGAAUCUCCUAACAUUUAUUAGGAAUUAAGGGUAGAUGGUAUCUCAGUUUUGUUGCCUGAGCAGACAGGAAGAUAUAAGAAACACCAGCCUGAAGCAAUGCCAUGGGAUCUGAGAUGGUUUAGGAAGAGCACUAUAAUGUUAUUUAAAUGAGGUUACUGUGUUCAGUGUACCUAUGUCCAGUCUUGUGGAAAAAGCAUUGGUUGGGGUGUCAAUAGGUAAGAUUUCUGGUUGCAGAUGUCUGUGUGUAAGUCAGCCUGCCUCCAUUUCCCUUUCUGUAAAGUGGAAUAAUGUUUAUACCUUAAUCUGCCUCUCAGGGAUACCGUGUUAAUAAAAGUUAUGUCUAUAAAGUA